ACUAUGUCAAGUUUCAUUGUCAUGUUCUGUUGACUGAAGAUUUAAUCUUAGCCAUAGAUUUGUAAUCGCUUUACCCUCUCUCUAGAACCUUUUUCAGGGUUUUAGUUCGCCGCAUUAGAUAUCUAUUGGUUUCUCACAUCAAGUGUGCGUUUAUUUUGUUGGUCUACUGAAGCAGGGAGCGAGAACCAGAGAGGCGUUUUGGGUUUGAGUUUUUAGGAGGUUGUCAAGCGGAUUUAUGUCGGCUGAGUUUGAUUUGGGUUUGAUUGUGGCUUUGUCGAUCUGCUGGAUUUACUCAUCUUUGUGUUUCAAUACAACUUUAACUGGUGGUUUCGCUCUCUGCUUCUGUUCUUUCUGUUUUAUGUUACUCUGCUGCUUCCAGCAGAGUUUGAUUCCGGCGAACGAGUCUGUUCCGAUGCGUUUGAGACCAAAAAGGACUUGUUCUGGAGCCGAGUGUUUUGGGGGAUUUCACAUAAAACGGUUAAAUUCUCUUUUCAUAUUCUUAAGAGGGGCUCUAACCUGAUACUACUCUGAUAAUCAGGGCUUCUCUACUGAGUAUUCGUUUAGUUCUUCUGUUAUUUUUCUCUGCGGGUUCUGAAAUUUUUUUGAGGGAGAGUUUUGGUUGAGUUUCUUCCUCAAAGAUGCCGGGUCCUAUGAUUCAAUCUUCGGAUAAGAACAAGUCCAAAAUGGCCAGACCAUGGUUGCCUGAAGACUGCAAAGUGAGAAAAAUAAGAGUCUUCUGCAAUGAUCCUUAUGCUACCGAUUCAUCCUCAAGUGAGGAUGAAGCCAUUAUUACUGAAAAAAAGCCCAAAUCAAAGCGAUACAUGAGUGAAAUCAAUCUUCCUCUAGUUAUUGUGCCUGGAUCCACCUGUUUUGAACCCGAUGGUUCUAGCCAAGACAGUAACACCAAAAUUUCACUUAAAAGGCAGAGGGCUUUGUCUAAAACCCCAAACUCUACCCCAACAUCACAAGCAUCAGCUAGAAGAGUUGGUAUUAGGAGAAGAAAAUGGGGCAAAUGGGCUGCUGAGAUUAGAGACCCAUUCACUAAGGGUCGUAAAUGGUUGGGUACUUUCAACACUCCUGAAGAGGCUGCAAGAGCCUAUGAUGCUAAGAAGCUUGAGUAUGAGUCCAUGAAGAAGGAGGCUGCUGCUGCUUCCACUGAUAAGGGCAUGAACAUGUCCUCUUCUGUUGCUCCCUGUCAAUCUUCCAAUCACAACAGCUCCUCUGCUUCAGCAGAGGACUCUGAGAGUGCGUUAUCUCAUACGUCUCCGUCUUCGGUUCUCGAGCUGGACUCAUCAGUCUCAAACUUGAAUACUAAGCCCACAAAAUGUGAUGAUUCCAUCACAGAAUGUUUUGAUGCUAAUAGUGUCAUGGAUCUUGAAAUUCCUGCUGAUUUUGGUUUUAUUGAUGAGCCAUUACUGUCUACACCUAUUGAUCAAGACAUGAGCUUUGGUCCAGAAUUUGAUCGCCUCUUUGUGGAUGAUUGGAGACUAUUCGACAACUUUUGUAGCAUGGAAGAUCUCAGUAUUUGCGGGAUUGAAGAUGAAGAAGCUAGUGAGCUUCCUGAUUAUGAUUUUGAUUUUUGCACCGAGGACAUUGGUUUCCCUGAUGAUCGAGCAGCACCACUUGAUAUCAAGUGCCUAUAAGUUUUUGAAGUCAGGAAUUUUGAAGCAGAGUUAUUAAGAGUUAUGGUUUUAAGUCUAAUCAUAGUCGAAAUGUGAUACCAGAGACUCUUCUUGAGAUGGAGUUUUUGUUAAUUUUAUUUGUUUUCAGAGAGUUCUGAGAGAUGGAGGAUGGUGCAAUGUUUUGUUCAGGGGUGUAACCUUAAUGGGUUUUUCUUGUGCUGUUCGGAGCCGUCCACAGGGUUACUUCGGUCUCUUUUCACAGUUUUGAGAGGGUUUGGUUUUGACCAUCCUCGCAUCUCUCUUUUUAUUAAAUAUUCGUUAUCUUAUGAAAUGAAUAUUAUUUAUCUGUGGUGGUUUAAUUAAAAUCUUUA